AUGGGUGGUGGACGGAAAAAUUCAAGUCUCUGCUGGUUCUUCAUCUGCGUUUUAUGGCACUGCUGCGCUGCGCAGAUUUCCUAUUCUAUUUCCGAAGAGGUGGACAAAGGGACCGUGGUGGGGAACCUUGUGAAGGAUUUAAACGUCAACGCGAGGGACCUCCAAACUCGAGAUCUGAGUAUCGCGUCCGCUUACAGAAAGGAAUAUUUCAAAGCCAAUUUUCGAACGGGAGAGCUUUAUGUUUCAGAGAGAAUAGACCGCGAGGAACUCUGUCCAAAGGCGAUAAAAUGCACUCUCAAUUUAGAAGUCAUACUUAGGAACCCAAUGGCACUGCAUCGAAUUGAGGUGGUGGUCAAUGAUUUAAACGACAACGCACCUCGUUUUGUGGAGGAGUCUCAUUCAAUGAACGUGUCUGAAAUAUCACCAACAGGCGAGCAUUUCUUACUUCCACUGGCGCUUGACGCAGAUACUGGAGGAAACGCUGUAAAGACUUACAAGCUUAGCCCAAAUGAAUAUUUUUCUCUUGAUGUGCAGGGCGGUGGAGAGCAGAGUGUAUCUGCUGAAUUGGUGCUACUAAAAGCUUUAGAUAGAGAAAAAGAAGCCACGGUUAAAUUAACACUGACUGCUGUUGAUGGAGGAAAGCCUUCCAAAACGGGAACGUUAUUGGUGAAUGUAAAUGUUUUGGAUGUUAACGACAACACGCCUUCAUUCAGUCAGGCGCUGUACAAAGCUCGUGUUAAAGAAAAUUCGCCACCUGGGUCUUUGGUGAUACAAUUGAGUGCGACAGAUUUAGACGAAGGAGACAACGGGAGGUUGAAGUUUGCAUAUGUUAAACGUGCACACUUUGACCCUGCAGACGUCUUUCUAAUAGAUGCAGACACUGGUGAAAUCACGGUAAAAGGCCGUUUAGACUACGAGGCACAGGCAGCUUAUGAUAUUCAUGUACAAGCAGCUGAUAAAGGUUUGGUGCCUCGGAGGGCUAAUGCGAAGCUACUGGUGGAAGUUCUUGACGUAAACGAUAAUGCUCCAGAAAUUGUGGUGACGUCACUCAUGAACCCCGUUAAAGAAGAUGCUGAGAUGGGAAGUGUGGUGGCUUUAGUGACGGUAACUGACAAAGACGGAGGGAAAAAUGGCAAUACUCAAUGUAAAUUAAGUGGCUCUGCACCUUUUAAGCUUACAUCUAAUUAUAAAAAUUAUUACUCUCUAGUUGUGGAUGGCCCGCUUGAUAGGGAAGAAAACUACUUUUACAAUGUGACUCUUUUAGCAAAUGAUGAGGGGAGCCCUGCUUUAUCAAGCACAAGUAGUAUUGCCAUUCAGGUGGCUGAUGUAAAUGAUAACGCGCCACGUUUCUCUGAACCCAUUAUUAAUAUUUAUGUCAAAGAAAAUAGUCCUGUAGGUGCUAGUAUCCAUAAAAUAACAGCAAUAGAUUCUGAUAUGAAUGAGAACGCUAGAGUAACGUAUGCGUUAUUGGGAGAUGCAAAUGGCAUUCCAAUAACAUCACUGAUGAAUAUCAACUCAGACAAUGGGGAUAUAGUCAGUUUGCAGUCUUUUGACUAUGAAAAGAUAAAGACAUUUCAGUUCAGAGUUCAGGCCACAGACACUGGUGUUCCUCCACUCAGCAGCAAUGUUACCAUCAAUGUUUUUAUCCUGGAUGAGAAUGAUAAUAGUCCCACCAUUUUGGCUCCUUAUUCUGAGCUUGGCUCCGUUAACAGUGAGAGCAUCCCGUAUUCUGCUGAAGCGGGAUACUUUGUGGCAAAGAUCAGGGCAGUAGAUGCAGACUCUGGAUAUAAUGCACUGCUCUCAUAUCACUUGUCUGAGCCUAAAGGCAACAACAACCUCUUCCGUAUUGGAACCAGCACUGGGGAGAUUCGGACAAAGAGGAGAAUGAGUGAUAAUGACCUGAAAAGUCACCCCAUAGUGGUGUUGGUGAGUGAUAACGGAGAAGCCUCCCUGUCAGCUACUGUGUCUAUUGAUGUGGUGGUGCUUGAAAGCACAUCUGACAUCCACACUCAGUUCAGGAAUGUGCCCAUAAAGGAAGAAAGCUUCUCCGAUUUACACUUGUAUCUGCUCAUCGCCAUUGUGGCCGUGUCACUCAUUUUCCUGCUCAGCCUCGUUGCAUUAAUAGCCUUCAAAUGCCACAGACAGACAGAGGGAACGUUUGACAGAUACGGAGCCCCAAUGAUCACCACCCACCCUGACGGGAGCUGGUCUUACUCCAAAGCUACUCAGCAGUAUGACGUGUGUUUCAGCUCAGACACACUCAAGAGUGACAUGGUGGUUUUCCCAACACCUUUUCCGCCUGUAGAGGCAGAACUGAUCAGUAUUAAUGGAGGAGACACCUUUACCAGGACUCAGACUUUGCCCAAUACUGAGAAGGUAGGCUAA